AUAUAAUAUUCAUUGCCAUCUGCUGGUUGCACGUGUUGUCGAUGAGGAAAUGGUCAACAUGUUAUGAAUGGAUCAAUAGCCUGCGUUUCACUUUCUCAUUGCUGGGCAUGUGUUUUCUGUUAUUCAAACAUCUUUGGUAUUGCUAGCUUGGGUUCCAUUGCUUGCAUAGUGACGUUGAUAUACUUAUAUGAGAAGGAGAUGUACCAAUAGUGGUUACAGUAUCUAGCUAUAGCGAUAGCUAGCAGGUUGCAGACAGUCGUGUAGGUCGCGCCCGGCUUCAGAGCUCCUUCCCCGGUGACUGCAAGCUGGAAAGGACGUGGAUGCGGUGAGGCCCACGGGUAUAACAAGGUGACAGUAUGGCUGAGGACCCUCAGAGGAACUUCCGUUCUGCCUAUUAUGAGAAGGUGGGCUUCAGAGGGGUGGAGGAGAAGAAAUCACUGGAGAUAUUACUGAAGGACAACCCACUGGACGUGGAGAAGCUGAGCACUUUCAGUCAGAGAUUCCCUCUGCCCUCAAUGUACAGGAUCCAUGUAUGGAAAGUGCUGUUGGGUAUCCUUCCUCCCCACAGUGACUCCCACUCCCUGGUGGGAGGGUACAGGCGGGAACAGUACCAGGAUGUGUUGGAGGCCCUGAAGGUGAUGAGGUUUGUCCACAUGGCCACUCCCCAGACGCAGGUGUACCUACGCAUGUUCCAGCUGGAGAGCCAAGUGCUGCCCAGACGCUCUGAUACCUCAGCCCCGGACGAGGAGGAUGAGGACUUCCUGUCCAUAGCUCGAGCCAUGGAGGAGAUCGUAGAAGACCCUAUGGAUUGUUAUUGGCUGAUCAAGAGCUUUGUCAACCAGUUCAACAAUAAGUUUGGAGACUCCAUUCCCCACCUGCCCAAGAGUCUGGAGCACUACCUGAGUGUGGAGGAGCCCCGGCUACUGAACCAUCUGAAGAAUACUGGGGCCCUCGCCAUGCUGCCAUACAGCCUGUGGUUCAGGCGCUGCUUUGCUGGCUGCCUGCCUGAGUCCAGCCUGCAGAGGGUGUGGGACAAGGUGAUCAGCGGGUCCUGUAAGAUCCUGGUCUUCGUUGCCAUGGAGAUCCUUCUCAGCUACAAGAUCGUGGUGAUGGGGACCAGCAGACCGGAGGGAGUGGUCAGCAUCCUGUGCAACAUGACCCAAGAGAACACUGACGCAAUAGUGACUAAGGCCAUUGACCUGUGGCACAAGUACUGUGGCACCCCCAUGCACUCUGUAUAGGAUCACAGGUCUCCUGCCGGACCCUCUUGAUGGGGUUGACAUUGACAUUGGGAUACGCUUGGACUCAAAUCAAUCACAUUUAUUUGUCACAUACUUCGUAAAACAACAGAUGUGGACUAGCAGUGCAAUGGUUUCUUACGGGCCCUUCCAAACAAUGCAGAGAGAAAGAGCAUAGAGAAAUAAUAUAAAAGUAAUAAUAACAUGUCUAUAUACACACACGGUGCCAGUUCCAAGUAGAUCUGCAGGGGUACAAGGUAAUUGAGGUAGAUAUGUUCAUAUAACUAGGAAUAAAGUGACUAGACAACAGUAUAGAUAAUAAACAGUAGCAGCAGUGUAUGUGAUGAGUGCCUGGUAUAGAGGUCCUGGAUGGCAGGGAGCUCAGCCCCAGUGAUGUACUGAGCUGUACGCACUACCCUCUGCAGAGCCUUGCGCUUGAAUGCCAAGAAAUUGACAUACCAGGCGGUGAUGCAGCCAGUCAAGAUGCUCUCAGUGGUGUAGCUGUAGAACUUUUUGAGGAUCUGAGGGCCCAUGCCAAAUCUUUUCAGCCUCCAUGCCAAGUCUUUUCAACCUCUGACUGGAAGUGCCCCUGUGGAACCACCGUGUUGAGGGUAAGUGUGGCGAAUGUGUUGAUGCCUACCAUCACCACCUGGGAGCAGCCUGUCAGGAAAUCCAGGAUCCAGUUGCAAAGGGAGGUAUUCAGUCCCAGGGUCCUUAGCUUAGUGUUGAGCGUUGAUAGCACUAUGAUGUUGAACACUGAGCUGUAGUCAAUGAACAACAUUCUCACAUAGCUGUUCCCUUUGUCCAGGUGGGGAAGGGCAGUACCCCGUUGCAGAAAAUGACAGAUUUGGGCAAUGUUAAAUGCCUAAAUUGGAAACGCAAUGGCUGUACAGUAACAUGACAUCAGAGCCCUGGCUCUGCUCUUCACUUCGCUGUAUGGGUUUUGACUGACAGCCGUUCUGAACUUCAGCACCUCGCACAACAAGAAGUUGCCCCCAUCCCUCCCGCUAAUUGGGCAACUUUUGAGGGAAAUGCUGUAAAUUAAGAGGAUUCUAUGUAUACUGAAAAAAAUAUUAACGCAACAUGAAAC